AUGAAAGGAGUCGUGGGAGACGAAGACGUAUCAGGGCUGGAGAUGUUAAACUUGAAGCAAAUCUACGCAGACAAAAUUCGGGCGCUUCAGCAAAAAAAGAUAUUUACGAAAUGGAUUAAUGCGCAGUUAGAGCUAGCCGAUGAAAUGGCCUAUCAGGAGCCAUUUAUUAGCAGCUACCUAAACAGCGGCAUCAGUGCUGAAAAUAUUGAGGCUCGUCUUGCCCUAAUCUUUAAAGGCGGUGAGUCGCUCUACAGAGUAAAGGACCUGUACAGUGAUCUUUCUGAUGGAAGGAUACUUUUACGUCUUUUGGAGUUCUUCACUGGUAGAAAAAUCACGCUGUCUCGCGGGACAAUGCGUGUUCACUCACUGGAGAAUGUUAGCAAAGCCCUAGAUCAAAUGAAACAGAUGAACAUACCUGCAGAGAAUAUCGGACCCAUUGACAUAGUGGAUGGAAAUGCCCACCUCAUCCUUGGUCUCAUCUGGACCUUCAUUCUCAACUUUCAGCUUCCUCGUCUAUCCUUCACCCAUCACCUGCAGCAGGAGUCACCGGUUGAGAUGAAAAAUGCACUUCUUCGAUGGUGUCAAUUGAAGACGGCUCUCUAUCCGCAGAUCAACAUCAUCAAUUUCACCUCCAGUUGGAAGGAUGGUCUGGCAAUGUGCGCCCUUCUGCAUCGUUACCGGCCCUAUCUCAUUGAUUUUACUGCUCUUGCGUCAACGACUACAUCGCCGAUAAGACGUCUCUCAGAGGCUUUCGCUUUGGCCAAACAGGCCUUUCGAAUACCCACUGUCGUCAAUCCAGCUGACUUUAUUGCGUGUAGUAAUGAUGAGCGUUGUGUGGUGGCUAUAGUGGCCACUUGGUAUUAUCGGUUGAACGAGGACCAAGUGUUUAAAAAAUCUGCUUCGCGUCUGGCUGUAGUGCUCGAUAGAGUGGUCACAUCUGAACGGAGAAUGAUGGCAUAUGUGAGGGAGGUCUAUGACCUUCGAAGGUGGAUGAAAACAAAUUUUCGAUAUCUCGUGGAACUGAGCAAAUUUAAAGAUAUCCAGCUCAUCUCCAGUAAGCUUGCCCUAUGGCGAGAAAAUGAGAAAGAAAAGAAAGUAGAGGAAAUGGGACAGAUUGAGUUUGCCUGGUUGCAUUUAAGAACGCAAAAUCUUACCUGGGGAUAUUGUUCACCCCCUCCGCCACCGGGAUUUGACUAUCCUACAAUUUAUAAGACCUGGGCACAAUUCGAUGAAGCUGAAAUGGCAUGCAUGGAACAAAUCCGUCAAGGCCUGGAAAUACAGUCUCAGAAGAGGCAAAUGUUGGAAAAAUUUUACAAAAAGGCUAAACUUCAUAAGCUCUGGCUCCUUGAAUGUGACCACCUGCUUGACUUGGCAACCCAAACUGACUCUCGUUGCGUUCAAACUAACCUUCGGUCCUGGCAAAGCGAAGCUCAGAUUUCCGCAAAAUUGCUUAGCCAACAAAGAUCUCUCAUUCAGAGGGAUUUUCAGAGGAACGCAGCAAUGAUUGCGGAUGCGGAGGCGCAUCACAACCAAAAAAUGCAAAUACUACUCAGCCUAAGACCUGAUGAUGAUAUUUUUCGUCAAAUCCGCAAACUUUGGGGGUUGUUAACGGAAAAAUUCCACCGAAGAGAGGUGUCUUUGUUAAAACGACUCAGCUGCCUGGAUGAACUUCUCGAAUUGGCAAGCCUUACAGAGGAGAUGGAGAUAAUUUGGAUGCAUUUGAUGCAUCAAAGUCCCACUGAAAAUAGCCUCUCUAUUUGGGAGAGCAAAAUCAAUGCUGCAGCUAAAAAGGUGUCAAAUCUGUCACUGGGUCGGCGUUUUAUCGCCCAGACGAAGAGCGAGAGCAUUAUCAGUUGCUGUUAUGCCCGAUUUUGGGGUAUCAAUUGGGCCAUCUGGUGCAUUCUAUUGUGUUAUAAAAAUUUUUUCUGCGAAAUCGCAAAAAGUGCCGCUUUGUAUCGCAAAAUCUGUAAAAAUUUAACCACCACCAAGGACCAGAUGGAACAUAUUCGUGCCUUAUCAGUGUUGAUAGAACAAGCACAAAUCAGUGUGUUUAACAACGAAUGCCUCGAUUCCCUUGUCUCCAUCCGAAAUAAAGUGAGACUUCUUAUCCACGAGGUUGACCGCCAAACUGCUGAACGCAGUCCUCCCACUCACUACACUGACAAUGGAGUGCCACGAAAUCAAUACCAAAAUGCCAGGCAUUCGCAACAGUCAACAAAAUUGUCAAAGUCAUUGUUAAUCAGGAGAUGUAGAAGCCUCGAGACUAGACCAGAAGGCCUGAUUGAUUGUGGAUCACGGAGGAUUCAACGGAAUGCCACUGUGGUACGAAUUCACCAAGAAUUCCAGCUACGUCAUUUAAUAGGCCUGGAUGUUAUACGACAGUUGAAGGCAGGUAUUCAAGAGAAGUUGGCCCUGCAAAAUAUCGAAUUGGAAGGGAAGAGAGCAAUGCUCUACGCGGAGACAGAGAAGCUGCAUCGAGAACUAUCCACUCUUAAGAUGGUAGUGGAUCUUCUCACCUUCAUACCACAAAUUCAGGUCGAGGCUAAUGAGAUAACUGAGUGGAUUCAUCACAAAUUGGCCUACUUUAUGGAAUCUCCCAUUCCAGACGUUUUGACAGAGCUAUUGGACGGCCUUGAUGUGGCAAGCGAGUGCUGGUGGGAGGGUCUCCUUCGCAUGGACACGGUAUUCUCGAAACGCUUGCACAUUGAAUCAAGAAUUAAACAAAAAUGUGUGAUGCUAGAAAGGAUAAUUGAAUUGCGAAACGUUCUGGAGGAGAUCGAACACCGAUUUCUUUUAACCACCGAUGUCAAUCCCGAAGGCCAACCAAAUGAAGAUAGUGCCAAAAGUUUCCAGCGAAUAACAGCCCAGAUGCGCACAACCAUUUAUGUGGAGCUAGAUAAAUUACAUCAAGGUUUGAAUGAGGUUAAUCAGAAAGCCACUACGCGACAUGAACAGCUUCUUGCGGAGCAGGCGAACAUACAUGCUAUUCAGAGGUGCUACGAAUUGCUGCAAUGGAUUCACCGAAGUCAAAAAUAUCUCGAAGAAAUUGAGUCCCCAUUCCUCCAUCUGUCCAUAAAAGCGUGCACCGAGUUCUAUCCCCUUACAAUGAAUGAACCUUUCCUUGUGGCAUUGGAAAAGGAGAUUGAUUUCCACACCCGAGAAUCUCUUCCUAUCCUCCAAGAUUUUCGAGUUCGCCUUGUCAGUGAUCCCUUGUGGAACGCUCUCCUUGAGUACACCUUCAAUGUCUGGAAUGAUCUUAUUCACUUCGUCAGGAUGAAGCGCCUCUCCGUUGAUACUGCCAAUCGUCUUGUACAUCUCAGCGGGGAGUUAUCCGACACCCAGCGUUGGGUGCAACACAAGAAGGAGUUACUUCUCACAAUAGGUGAGACGAAGAACAACAUGGGAGAGAUGAUUCGCAUGGAAUGCCGAAUGGUUGGUUGGGAGACUGACCUGAGUGCUCUCAAGGAGCAAGUAUGUCAGGUGUUUGAGGAGGCAGACGCUUUGAGCACCGCAUUGGAGGAACUUCAAUCGCCUUUGAGUGCGGAGCCAGAGAGUGGAGUGGCUAUACGUGGCGCAAAGUUGACCCUGGAAGAGUUUAGCUCGGCAUUGCGCUCAGAUUGGGACGAGUUCGUGGGCCUCCUUGAGGAAUAUCAGAAAGGACUUGAGGCUUCACUAGCCUUUCAAAGUAUGCUGCAGGAGUUGGAGACAAUGCACAUCAUACUGAUGAGCAAGCAUAACACGAUCACUUCUUUGGAGCUACCCUCCUCCAUCAGUGAAAUUGACGAACAGCAGGAGGUCUUCCGAACCACCGCCACCGAGUUGGAGGCGCUAAAUGACAAAUUGGAGGCCUUAGUGGUGAACGGGAAGGAUAUGGCCGCAAGUCAGGAGGAGGCUGUCGCAGCAACGGUCACAGAGAGGCUCGACACCCUCAAAUGCGAGUGGUCAGAUCUACUCAUCCUGUGCAAUCAUCAGCUGAGAUGUCUAGCGCACCAACGGGACAUCAAAGUCCUCCUUCGCGAUAUCGAAGGGUUGAAUGCCUCGCUCAGUCGUAAGGAGAAUCAAAUUGUUGAAACUGACUAUCUGCCAACAAUUGAGUGCAUUCGAUGCAAAAUCAUGACACAAAAACAAGUGGUUAUGUCAAUUCAAGCCCUCUCCGAUCAAGUGAGGCUGCUGCAAUUAAAGGCGGAUGAACAUAAAUUUGGUGAAAAGUACGAUUCCAGAGUGAGGGCUGUUACAAUGAGAUACACAAGCAUUGAAGAGAAAGCUGCCAACGCCCUUCGUUUGCUGGAAUUUCGCCUCACGGAGAAGGAGAAGUUAAACCAACUGGAGAGCAUGGAGGAGUGGAUUUUGGAGCGUCAGGCGACGGUAAAUGCGCAAUUUGCAGCAACUGAUGCAAUGCUGCAGGAGCAAAAGGCCAUUCAGAAAUAUCACCUGUUCAGGAAUUUUGAGGCAGAAGUGAAGAGCUACGGAUUACUAGCCAAUGAAAUCUUUCAGAAUGUGCAAUCAACGAUAGGGGAAAAUCCGGCCGCUUCGGUGUACCUGCAGGAAGCCCUUGACGGGACUAUGAACUUGUGGAAUGAAUUAAACACAACACUCUCACUUCAGGGUAGUAAACUGGUUGAAGUGUAUCGAGCGAUCAUAAUCUCGGAGGGUUGUGAGGAACUGCUGGAAUGGCUUCAAAGAGUCACAGUGAAAAUAUUUGGUCUACAAAAUUGUGACUACACGAAACCCACUGACUCCUCCUUACGGCGUCUGACGCCUAUGUCUAUGUCCAUGAUCUCACUAUUGACUGACUCGUCUGGGCCGAGAUCAUUGACAGGGCUGAAACAGCGAUCUGUCUCCGAGACUUGCCUUCAUCUCCUUACUACUGAUCGUGUGGACUUAGCUGACACCUUCGACCUCAGCGCUUUGAACACCGCGAUAGCAAAAAUUGAUGAAUUGGAGUCACAGAUGGAGACAAAACGUACCUUUCUCCAGGAAUUAAGACACUACCAAUACCUGGUGGAGAAUACGGACAAAUUUGCCCAACACGAAGCGAAGCUGCAACAUGUUAAUGCCCAGUUUGGCAAGGUGAAAAGGUGGCUCUCCGAUUGUGCCUUCAGCGUCUCCGCUCACCGAGAAGUCAUUAAUGUUCUCCGGACUAUUGGAUGCGAGAAUCAGUGGAUGGCGCAGAAACAGACCCAGCUGAGUUGUGACACCACAGCGCUUUCCCUGUUGGAGGUUCAAAAAUCACUUAUUAGACAUCAAAAUCUUACCGCUGAGGUGGAGCAUCGAAAUGCCAGGAAUAUUCCUCUUAUAAAGACGACUCUUGAGUGGCUACGAUUAUGCAAAGUUGUGGAGACUGAGGUGUCUCACCCAGCCAAUGAGGCCUAUUGUGUAGCCCUCAUAAUGGCGCAUCGGGGUCUUUCAAAAGAGCUGUUAGCAAAGAUCAGCGAAUUGGUGUUUCGACAAGCCGUAGUACAUCGGGAAAUUGGUGUUCGUCGCUCUGUUCUCUAUCAUUGGCAAGCCUGGUUCGUUCAGCACAUGGAUUUGCUAGAACUCUACAAUUGGCUAGCUGAGACGGAGUCAACUGUGAUGACAGAGUGCCAUGCAGCUCGCGGACUUGCCUCAGCCCAUGCUGCCAUCAAGAAGCAUUCGGUGGUUGAGGCCAUUGUCUCAGAAUUUCAGGCACCAAGACUGCGACAGUUAAACACUCAAACCGCCAAUCUACUUACUGCAACAGCGAAUAUGAUAGUGGUUGAACGAGAGAAGUUAGAGCGUUACUUGGCAGUCGGCGCUCUCUUCACUGACACCGAUAAAACCGCCAAAGCGAAGGUGCAUCGACAUAAAUUGCGUCGACGGAUUCACAUUCUGGAAAGAUCCAGUGUCAAACUGCGCUCGACACAGACCUCUGUACAGAAACAAUUUACAGAUCUUCGUGAUCUAGUAAUGGAGAAGAAGCAUCGGUUGUACGAACUACUCGCUUUGAAUAGACUCUACGAAGAAGUCAGUGAUAUAGAGGAGUGGAUCAGGAGCCGAACCGAAGAAGCUCUGAUUGACAACACGGGGAGAGAUUUUGACGAGUGGACUCGUCUCCAAAUCGACUUCUGUGACACCUAUCGAAGCCUAAUUCAUGACGGAUUGCCACCACUGACCGAUAGUCCGGAGCGCCUGGUGCGCGCUAUUAUGGUGUGUCGACAGAUGAUCCUGUUAAAGCAUUCCGACUCACCUCAAAUUGCUCAAUGGCAAGAUCGUUUGAUUGAGGACUGGUGCGAGUUGAGAGAACUUCUGCAAACCCGAGGCGAGUUGCUCAAAGCUGCUGGAAAUCGGCUCCUCUUCCUUCGUCGUUGUGAGGAGGUGAUAACCGAUUUAUGCGAGAAAAUGGACUGUUUGCCCGCCGUAUUGGGUGCCGAUUCACAGACCUUGGCACGUCAGCAAAGUCAGCAAGUGAAUUUUCACCAAUCAGUGAUUCCCAUCGCUAAACGGGUAAACUGGGCGAUUCGCGCAUCCAACCUGCUUCUACCGCUUUAUGCGGACAUUCAAGCGGCUGAGAUUAAAGCACAAAGGCUACGUUUGCUCGAGGCUUGGGAUCAGCUUAAUACAAGCAUUGAAAUGCGCUCUCGAAUGCUCCAAGACGCCGAAGCUUUGUCCAGAUGGCUUACCUGGCUGCAUCACUGUUUGAACUGGAUUGUAUCUGCUCAGAGUGCCAUCUCCUCAGCGCAGGAACAUGAGAUUCAAGAACUUGAAGCCGAUCUUAGAGGGCAAACACACACACAACUGAGUGUAGGAUGGAAUAAAUUUUCCGGACUUCACAUGACUUUCAGAAGGAAACUGCUCCAACACCAACUACCGGGAUUUGUGAGUCAACAUAAGCAACUGUGGGAUGAGAUUUGUGCCUGGGAAUCGAGUAUCCGACUCCACUGUGAGGAGGGCAUUGCAGCCAGCAACUGUCAUGGUGUUCUAGAGACCGCGGAUUUUGAGACAGUACCAAUUUUCAUUGGCAUCCGCAAAAUGUUGGCCAGAAGUGUCAAUCAACUUAAAGCUGACUGGUAUGUCGUGGGCUCAACAAGUGAUGAUGUUGCCUCAGCUAUACAAAAAGCUAUUUUUACCUCCCUGUGUGAGGCGAAACCGCUGCUACCCUCGCAGGUCAUAAAAAGUGGUGCUGCUCUCUUGAUUAUACACUUCUACCAGCUUAAAAUUGCAUGGUGGCGAUAUUGGCGUCAUUUGGAGGCACUGACUGCCAAGUUGGGCUUAUUGAGAGACCUUCAAAGUUUGGAAAAUUGGCUCACCUUAAUGGAGGAACGCGAAGAUAGAAAUGACUUGGGUUCUAGCCUAGAGGAGACUAUGGUUUUGACAGAAGAACACCGAAAGUUCUCACGCGUUGUUGACCUUCAGGGUGAGAAGUGUCGACGUCUAGCCGAAUUCGAAAUGGCACAGCUCGAAGAAUCCGAUCCAGAUUGGGAGACAGCCAUGGCGAAUCAAAUGGUAGAGAACUUAGAAAGACUGAACAUCUUACCAAAGGUUUCAAGCAUUUCUGAUGCUGCUUCCUCGAAAUCUGUUCCAUUACAGGAGGAAGUGAAGCCAGUUGAAGAUGCACCAUUUGGGCGUAUGGAGGGAGUGCUCUACCGCAAAUUGGCGAGUCGAAGAUACUCCAAUGGUGUGAUUAGUGCAGGACGCUGGCAAAAGUGUUUUGCUCUACUAAAGUCCAACACGAUGACUUUGCAUGUACUUAGCAUAAGCGAUCCUCCGACAGUGAAGAGAAGUUGGAUAUCCGAAAAUGCCGAAGUUGACUUCAGAUUACCACUAUGUCGAGAAAUGACCACCAGUUUGGUGGAACAGAGGGCCGUCGAUAUGGGACUUUUCAAGAUUCACAACCUCGCGACUGGUGAUUGUCACCAUUUUAAGGCUGAAACGAGAGCUUUGGCAGAGAAGUGGGUAGCCGCUAUAAACAAGGUCUGUUUGAAAUCGCCCGCGAUGGAGGAUUCUGAUCAGGAAUUGAUGCGGAUCAAGGGCACGGAAUUACACUUCGCCUCGAAGUCUCUACGUCCAACACGAAAGUCUCAGUCUACCACCUGCCUGCCCAUACUUCGACUCAUCAGCAAGCGCAGUGAACGAUCACAUCGACGCCGAUGUUCACAGCAUCCACCACAACGCCGCCGCCGCCACUCAAGCUCCUCUACUUCAACGAUGGAUGGAGAAAUGGAAUUGGAUACAGAGAUUGUCGGUAUCCGUUCUCUGAACCCUCACACCCUCCUCUCCUCCCUUGGAGUGCCGACGCUAGGCAGUGGUGCGCACUCUAGAGCUGCGAUUGCCCUCACUCUACCACUUCGGGCUCUGUGUCGUCGCGUCAUGCGACACUCUAAUCUACCCGUCUCAGUGUCGCAUCACUCGCACCUAAACGUUGAUGGUGCUGUCAGUGUCGGCAACGGUGGUGGUGGCAAUAGCGUCGUGGCUGGCAGUGAUGACGAAGCGUCCCUGAUGUCACCCUUUGCCAUGAGAGACUCAGAAUGUGACGACAAUAAUGACAACAGCAAUAACAAUUCCGAGACAGACAUUGAUAAUGUGGAUGAAUUUUCACUGGCCUCGUUUCAAAUGACUUUUAACCAAUUUCGGCAACGUAGUCGAAGAAGCCGCGAGGAUGUCUACGAACUCGACACCAAUGGCCGUUCUUUGAAUCCACAUGGUCCGACCGGUGUGGGUGGUCGUAGUCUUUUGCGACUUCGGGCUCCAAUUCACUCCCCCGAUCCCAUUGCCACAAGGCAAGAGGUUACAUAA